CUCAGCGGACCAAUCGGAGAGGAGGAACGGCUUCUUCGCCCCGCCCCCCGCGGUCUCUCACGUAGCGGCGUACCGGUUCCCUCCCCCACCCCUCCCUUCAACCAAUCAGGAAACGGCUCCAAGGGAGCGCGCGAGGUUUUCUUCCCCGCGCACCCGUUCUCACCGUUAAACGGCUGCGUCUCGCGACAAUGCCAAAGUGACCUUUCUCCCCCACCUCCGGAGCUCAACGCGCGCUAAGGGCAGUGGGAGGGGCAGGUCUCGCGAGGAGGUUGGUGGGAAAAAAACGCACCUCUUUCCCCGCCUCGCGCGCACCCUGGAAUGGCUGCGCGCGCACCUGCCUCCCUAAGGAGCCGCUAAUGCCACAAGGGCUUUUUCUAUCCUUCUUUCUUAAGCCGCGGAAGUAGCCUCGGCGUUCGUCUGCCCCCACCCCGAUCCCACUUUCCUGUCUGUAGCCUUUCUGUCCCCAGCGCCGCCAGGUCUUGCGGGGAGAAGGGGGAAAUUUUUUUGAGCUGUCGCUUCUCCUUUAAGAAAAAAAGCCCCGUCGGCUGCCGGAUGAAAGUCUCUGAAAAAAUGGCGGCGGUAGGACAGAGGCGGGGUCGUGAGGGCAAGGAGGACCCGCCUUUUGGCGCAUGAGCAUGGUUAACUUGCCCAGGGGCAUCCUGGGAAAUGAAGUUCAACUUAUCCUACACCUUAGGAAAAAAGAUAAGAAGCCAGAGGCGGAGGAUGCUGGGAGUGUUUGACUGAUGCGCGAUGGGAAAGAUGCCUUGUUGGAGGAACUGGAAUACUCCAUCCUCCAGGAGAGUGAUGAAUACUCCAGCACAGCUUCUCCUCCCCUGGAUCAGCAUUCCAGAAAGGAGAGGAGCGACGCUGAGACCUCAAAUGCCCCUUCCAUUCUGGAUGACUCAAGUCCCUUUCCGGUGCAGCUCAUGUAUACUACCAAAAUCCAGGAGCCCCAUGUCCACAGUGAGGUCCAAGAGCCAAAGGAAUCACCACCACCUCCUAAAACCUCAGCAGCUGUGCAGUUGGAGGAGCUGAUGGCCCACCUGUGUGAAAUGCAGACCCAGGUUACAGUGAAAGCAGAUACCAGCAAGAAACACUUACCAGACAAGCAUGAUCACAAGGCCUCCCUGGACUCGAUGCUGGGGGGUUUGGAGCAGGAACUGCAGGACCUUGGAAUUGCGACAGUGCCCAAGGGCCAUUGUGUUUCCUGCUGUAAACCGAUUGCUGGAAAGGUGAUCCACGCUCUAGGACAAGCAUGGCAUCCGGAGCACUUCGUCUGCACUCACUGCAAAAAAGCGCUUGGCUCCAGCCCCUUCUUUGAGCGGAGUGGCUUGGCCUACUGCCCCAAGGACUACCACCACCUUUUCUCUCCACGCUGUGCUUACUGUGCGGCUCCCAUCCUGGGUAAAGUGCUGACGGCCAUGAACCAAACCUGGCACCCAGAGCACUUCUUCUGCGCUCACUGUGGAGAGGUGUUCGGUGAAGAAGGCUUUCAUGAGAAGGACAAGAAGCCGUAUUGCCGGAAGGAUUUCUUAGCCAUGUUCUCACCCAAGUGUGGUGGCUGCAACCGCCCAGUGUUGGAAAACUACCUUUCAGCCAUGGACACUGUCUGGCACCCAGAGUGCUUUGUCUGUGGGGACUGCUUUAGCAGUUUUUCUGGUGGCUCCUUCUUUGAACUGGAUGGACGUCCGUUCUGUGAACUCCACUACCAUCACCGCCGAGGAACCCUUUGCCACGGAUGUGGGCAGCCCAUCACUGGUCGCUGCAUCAGUGCCAUGGGCUACAAGUUCCAUCCUGAGCACUUUGUAUGUGCUUUCUGCCUGACGCAGCUGUCGAAGGGAAUCUUCAGAGAGCAGGAUGACAAGACCUACUGUCAAACCUGCUUCAACAAGCUCUUCCCACUGUAAUCUCAGCUAAACCCACACCCUCUUCUGAUUUGCUAUAAAAUUUAAGCCAAGAGAGGAAAGAGUACCUUUGUAAUUGCUGACCUUCUGCUCAGUAGGCUUACAGAGAAAGCAAAGGUGAUGAACAAAUAAGGGAACGUCUAGACGUUACAUGACUAGGCUUGUGGUAUUAAGUUUUGAUUUCAAGUCUUUUUUUUUAAUCAGGUACUUGAAUUUAGAUCUUGGACCUGCUGUCUAGUGCCUCUGCAGAUGUAUUUUCCACAUGCACACAUUCAUUCCACACUCGUUUACUCACAUUUCCCCAUUUUCACCCCUAUGAUGACUCUACUCAGAUAUUCUCUUUUCUGGCCCUCAUAGAACUGGGUCUUUUAAGCUACCUGCAUUUCCCCGUGACUCACUUUCUCACAAUCACUGCUGCAGACUUUAUUCUUGCUGUUAGGGAUCAUGAUAUCACUCUUCAGCUCCUCGCAUUUCCCUUCAGUGUAUUUCUUCUUCAAGAGAAAGUAGAUUUUGAACUGGACAACUUUGAAUACUGACAUCAUAGAUAAAUAAAGUAGCUUGUGGUUUUAAUGACUCAAUGUCAUAUUACUUUGGUAAAUAAACUUUCUGCUUCCCAUGUUAUAUACUAGGCACAAUGUGCAAUUAAAUUUGUAUCAUACCUCUUGUUUACUUCCAUACAAUGGACACUUCGUUUAACUCAAAAGAAAGUAAAAGGGGGGACUCCUAGUCACUAACUUUUCUCUUAAUUGGGGCUCAUAACAUUCACUUUAUCUUUUGCACUUCAGUGAUUGAUUAAAAGUUGGCAAAGCUUCUUAAAAGUUUUUCAUCACUUUGUUUACCUAUGGAAAAAGUGAUUUCCACUAGGCAAUUCCAAAUUCAUAUUUGCACAUGUAUGCAUAUGCCCAAACUCAUAAAUUUGUAUAUAUUUGUCCAAUUUUCUUGUAUAUCAAUUAUAUCUC